AUGCACAUCCACACAUAUUCAUAUACACAGAUUCGCACGCACAUACACUUCCACGCAUUCUUGCCCGUAGACCAGCUGCCUUCUGUGGUUCAAUCAGCUUACAGAGCGGGCUCAUCUCUAGAGACGGCGCUGUUGAAAGCGGUUGGUGACAUCGUGAAUGAGAUAAAGAAGGCUAAUCAGGGAGGGCUGUUAAAGCCUGUUAAUGGCGGUUACUUUAAGUGCUGGAGAGGAGGCUCUGGAUCGGCAUACUUUGUUUUUUAUUGGUCGACCACAAAGAGUGUUUUUAAUGGGUCGAUGCUGGGUGAGAUAGUAAUAGUAAUCGGUGUUUCGCAAUGGUCAGUGCUUGGUCCGAUGUUGUUUUUAAUGCAUCCUCUCGAUUUGCUUGGUGCAGUUUAUUUGGGCUCACACCAGCAGAUAUUUCCAUUGCCGUCUUCCUUCCCACUUCUGAAAGAUUUCAAUAAAGAUUUCACUCCAAAUUUACUUAAAAGAAAGCGCAGUAGGAGGAAUUCGAAGAACCCGACCGGUGUAUCGAAGCACGUCAGUGUAGCAGUUUAUAAGGUGGCCGCACUUGUUUCCGAUGUUUAA